CGCGGGCGGCGACGGAGCGGUCUGCGCGACGCCAGCGCGCGAUCGAAGAGGCGCCCGCGAUGGGGCUUCCGACGCAUCGCGACAGCGACGCGCGCAGGCGUCGUAAGGGCGCGUCCGCGUCUUUGUUUUACGGUUCGACGUCCAUCGCGACGGUGUUUCUCAACAAGUCCAUCUUCGCGACGUGGAAGUUUAAGUUCCCGGCGACGCUCGUCACGGCGCAGACGAUAUUCACGGUGUUUGCCAUCGUCGCGCUGGAGCACGUGGGCGCGAUCUCGCCGCGGGGGGGGAAAGGGUUUCGCGGGAACUUUAACGCGAAGGCGUUCAAGCGCGUCGGCGUGGUGAGCGCGGUGUUUCAAAUGAAACUCGUGCUCGACAUGAAGGCGCUGUCGAUGAUAAACAUCCCGAUGUACGGGGUGUUGAAGUCGGCGACGACGCCGUUCGUGAUGGCGAUCGAUUGGGUGAUGAUGGGGAAAGUGGCGCCGGCGCGCGUGCAGGCGGCGGUGUGGUUGACCACGCUCGGGGGAGUGUGCGCCGGUACGGGAGAUUUGGAGUUUAAUUUCCUAGGGUACCUAGUUGCGCUGUGCAGUGCGCUGUGCACGGCGAUGUAUGUUGUGUUGGUUGGUAAGAUUGGGGACGAAUUGCAGUUGGAUUCGUUCACAUUGUUGUUGUACAACUCGUUGUGGAGCGCGCCGUUGAGCUUGGCGAUUUGUUUCGUGUUCGGCGAGCACCGCGGGUUAUUGGAUUAUCCCUACCUCGGCCACUUUGGGUUUUUGAUUGCUUUUUUGUGCUCGUGCUCGAGCGCGUUCAUAUUGAACUACGCGACGUACCUGUGCACGCAGCUGAACGAGGCGCUGACGACGUCGGUGGUGGGACGGACGAAAGGCAUAGUUCAAGGCGUCUUCGGUUUGUUUGCGUUUCACGUGCGGGCGAGCGCGACAAACGUGGCUGGUAUAAUUUUGAACUCAGCGGGCGUGGCUUGGUAUGCGUACGAAAAGUACACCGGGGCGAAGCGCUCGAGUCCGCGUGCUAUCGCGCCGGCGACGCUCAACGCCUGCGUAAUUCACCGCGAAGAUAGCCAGCUCACGCUCGAGUCAUCGGCACGGUCGGAGGGUGCGGUCGCGAACGAAAGACCGGUGGUUCCGACGAACGGGCGCAUGGCGCUGAAAAACUCGCACCAGCACGCGCAUUGACGG